GGCAACGGCAUCCUCCCUUCGCAAAUUGCAAGCAAGCCGGCAAGGGACGGCACCAACAAGAGCGCGAUCGACCUACCAAGCUAGCUAGCGAAUUAACCUUCUCCUCCCAUGGCUCCGACGACGGCCACGGCGGCGGCGGUGGGGACGAAGGCGACGGCGCUGGGGGUGGCGGCGUGCGAGCGCGACGUGGAGAAGCUGGAGUUCAUCGAGGACAAGACCAGGAACUUCGACGCGGAGCAGGUGCGCGUGCUCGCGGAGAUCCUGGCCCGCAACAACGGCGCCGAGUACCUGCGGCGGCACGGCAUGGAGGGGCGCACGGACCGCCUGGCGUUCAAGGCGUGCGUGCCCGUGGUCACGUACGAGGACCUCCGCCCGGAGAUCGAGCGCAUCGCCAACGGCGACCGCUCCAACAUCAUCUCCUCCCACCCCAUCACCGAGUUCCUCACUAGCUCGGGGACGUCGGCGGGGGAGAGGAAGCUAAUGCCGACGAUCGAGGACGAGCUCAACAGGCGCCAGAUGCUCUACAGCCUUCUCAUGCCCGUCAUGAACCUGUACGUGCCUGGGCUGGACAAGGGCAAGGGCCUCUACUUCCUGUUCAUCAAGUCGGAGACGAAGACGCCCGGGGGGCUCCCGGCGCGCCCCGUGCUGACCAGCUACUACAAGAGCGACCACUUCAAGCACCGCCCCUACGACCCCUACAACGUGUACACCAGCCCCACCGCCGCCAUCCUCUGCACCGACUCCUUCCAGUCCAUGUACUCGCAGAUGCUGUGCGGCCUGGUGGCCCGCGCCGAGGUGCUCCGCGUCGGCGCCGUCUUCGCGUCGGGCCUGCUCCGCGCCAUCCGCUUCCUGCAGCUCCACUGGCAGGAGCUCGCGCACGACCUCCGGACGGGCACCCUGAGCGCCAAGGUCACGGAGCCGUCCAUCCGGGAGGCCGUGGCCGAGGUGCUGAGGCCCGACGCCGGCCUCGCGGACUUGGUGGAGGCCGAGUGCGGCAAGGAGAGCUGGGAGGGCAUCAUCACCCGGGUGUGGCCCAACACCAAGUACCUGGACGUGAUCGUGACGGGCGCCAUGGCGCAGUACAUCCCGACGCUCAAGUACUACAGCGGCGGGCUGCCCAUGGCGUGCACCAUGUACGCGUCCUCCGAGUGCUACUUCGGCCUCAACCUCCGCCCCAUGUGCGACCCGUCGGAGGUGUCCUACACCAUCAUGCCCAACAUGGGCUACUUCGAGCUGCUGCCGCACGACCCGGACGCUGUGCCGCCGUCCAGGGACGACCCGCCGCCGCGGCUGCUGGACCUGGCGGACGCCGAGGUGGGCAGGGACUACGAGCUGGUGAUCACCACCUACGCGGGGCUCUGCCGCUACCGCGUCGGCGACAUCCUGCACGUCACCGGCUUCCACAACGCGGCGCCGCAGUUCCGCUUCGUGCGCCGCAAGAACGUGCUCCUCAGCGUCGAUUCCGACAAGACGGACGAGGCGGAGCUGCAGGCCGCCGUGGAGCGCGCGGCGCGCCUGCUGGCGCCCUACGACGCGGCCAUCGCCGAGUACACGAGCCAGGCGGACGCCACCACCAUCCCGGGCCACUACGUCGUGUACUGGGAGCUCAUGGUGCGGGAGGGCGGGGCGUCGCCCGACGCAGCCGUCUUCGAGCGCUGCUGCCUGGAGAUGGAGGAGGCCCUGAACGCGGUGUACAGGCAGGGCCGCAACGGGGACGCCAUCGGGCCGCUGGAGAUCCGGGUGGUGCGCGGCGGCACGUUCGAGGAGGUGAUGGACUACGCCAUCUCGCGCGGCGCCUCUAUCAACCAGUACAAGGCGCCGAGGUGCGUGUCGUUCGGACCCAUCAUCGAGCUGCUCAACUCCAGGGUGGUGUCCAGCCACUUCAGCCCGGCGUGCCCCACGUACAGCCCGCACAAGAAGUGAUGACCUAAUAGCAUUGGCCGUCGGAGGCCCAGACUGAGCUACUACACUUCUGCUAGUACUAUUACUACUUGUUGCUCUCUACAGUGCGUGUCUUUCGGUUCCUUCUCGUGUACGUACAAGGCAGAGGAGUGAAUUAGUCACGCUCCUGCUUGGUUCUGUGGUAACUCUUACUCCACUGCUAGUUGUUACAUAUACUUGUGCGUGUCAUGUCAUUUCUCGAGGAGAAAUGACUAGUGUUUGUACCUGUAAGACGGUAUCACAGUAACGUCAUUCUUGGCCUAAUAUCAUAACUGGCCUUCUCGAU